AUGGCUGUGAAUGUGAACGAGGAACAAAUGAAGCUCGUUUUUGAGCUGGAAAUGGAAAUGAUGGCUGAUAUGUACAAUAGAAUGGCAUCAUCCUGCCAGAAAAAGUGCAUACCCCCUCGUUAUAAUGAUUCAGAGUUGAACAAAGGAGAAGCUGUGUGCCUAGACCGUUGUGUGGCCAAAUUUCUUGAGGUGCAUGAUCAGGUGGUUAUCUUUCUUUUUCUCUCCCCCUCUCUUUCUAUUUAUUUCUCUCUACUCUUUCUUUCUCUCUCUUCCCUUCUCUCUACUCUUUCUUUCUCUCUCUUCCCUUCUCUCUACUCUCUCUUUCUCUCUUUCUCUCUCUCUCCCUUUCUCUCUCUUCCCUUUCUCUCUCUUUCUUUUCUCUCUUCCCUUCUCUCUACUCUUUCUUUCUCUCUCUUCCCUUCUCUCUACUCUUUCUUUCUCUCUCUUCCCUUCUCUCUACUCUUUCUUUCUCUCUCUUCCCUUCUCUCUACUCUUUCUUUCUCUCUCUUCCCUUCUCUCCACUCUUUCUUCCCCUCUUUUUAUCUCCCCCAUCUUGUUCUCUCCCUUUCUCUUUCUUUUUAUCUCCUCCUCUCUUUUUGUCUCUCUCUCUCUCUCUUCUCCUUUUAA